UGCUUCCCCUCGCGUGUUGCGCUCAAGUGCGAUCCAGGGCCUCGUUCCGUCCGUACCGUUGCCGCUUCGCUUCCGACCCCUUUGGCCUCUCAAAUAGCGCAAGCCUCGUCGGUCCUCAACCAGAGUCCGCACGUUCCUCCCUGCCUACUCCCAUCUUUCUCGCUGGCCGACUCAAGUUUGACAGAUCCUUCAUUCGCCAACUGACAAAUUCACACCCACAAGUUGCUGUCCCGGCAUUCCUUCCCUCGUAUCGUCCACUGUACUCCAUACCCGCCCCGCUUUUGCCUCAGUUGCUCAACCAUGUCCGAAGGUACCCCAAAUCGCCACCGCCAUCGGCAAAACAGCUCGAACGAUUCGCCUACACCUCUCCGGUCGCCGCACACGGUCGGGAGGACUCACUCGAGUUUGGCUCGUGCAUCGCCAAAGCCCUACCAGUCUCCUCGACCAACAACGUCGCCAUCACAGGUCGAAAACAGGCCACCUCGAUCAUCGUCAUCGUUAUCGUCGUCGUCGUCGUCCUCAACAGCACAAACCCUGGCACCAUCGUCACUUCUGUCGCGCCUUGGAUCAGCUUUCAUGUCCGUUGCUGACCAGUUUUCGGAUAUCUACAGUGGCUUGCAUAAGAAAACGACACCCUCUCCGGCGCGAAAAGUGCAUCAUAGAACUCUCAAGAGGACACCGAUUCGUCACUCAACGAGUGGUAUCUCAAAAGCCUCCAAUGCUAAUCUGCUCGCCACAACACUAUCUGCACAGAGAAGCCACCUGGGAAUGGACCGGACAGAGCUGUUGCCCAAGUCCACAUCGGCCUCCCCACCAUCGAUACCACCUCCGUCAAUAACACCGCCAUCACCGACCUCCAGCUCGGCGCAGGCUCAUACCGAUCCCAUCUUGCGGCUCCAGGAACUUGAAAAGCGAUUGGCCGAGUUCCAGGAAAAGCUCCAGGUUCAGCCCAACGCCGAGAUCGAGGUUGAGUCCAUGUCACUGGAAGAACGGAUCGAGUACAGUAUGAAGCAGCUCGCAAACCUAGAACAGCUCAUGUCACUUCAGUAUCGACCCCUCAGCCGGGUUACCAGUGGCCUUAGUCUAUCCCCGGGAUUGGGCUUUGGCAUGGGCUCGGGCACGCUGCCACCACCCCCACCUCCUCCUCCACCACCACCACCUCCACCACCACCAGUUGCUCCUUUGUUCUCCUCGGCAUCGCGAUCCUUAUCAGAUCUAUCGGCCAAGAGUCCGUCGGAUCUCUCGGGCGGCCCCUCGGGGCUAUUGAAGAAAAGUCCCAACAAUGCUCCGUCCCAGCAGCGAAUGAUUGUCGAUCAGCUGAUGAAGGAGAUCAAAACAGUAAAGCUGAAAAAGACUGGCCAUGAUUUGGCUAAUGAUACUGUUCGGAGUACGAGAAAAGAAACCCCAAUAGACCCGAAUGACCAUCAUGCCAUGUUGGCAGUGGCGAAUUUGAACAUCAAGUUCCAGAAUUGCAAAGGAGAAGUCUCGAGCAGCGACGAUGACAGCGACGACGACGAUGAAGACGGCUCUGAUUCGCCAUCCAAUGACCGACUGUAGUCAACUCAUUUCAUUUUGCCUGGUCUCCCUCCCGACCACUUUCCAUCCUCGCCUCUCCCUCUCUUCCCUUUGCAUGUCCAGUCUCCUCUUCC